AUGUGUCGCUCGGCCACCUGCCUGAGCCACCGCCGCUACCGGCGCCGAGCCUCGCUGGUCGCUCAAGACAUCGAUGUGGAUGGGACUCCAGUGCUGCCGAACCAGGCCCGGGAUCAGAUUACCGUCUCCUACGGCACGGGGGAGAUCACCGGCAUUUUCGUGCAAGACAAGGUCUGUCUGGGCCCCAAGAAGGCCACCCCGGCGACCGAUGUCCGCGCGCGCGGCGCCGCGGUGCAUGCUGGGAUGUCGGGAAGUGCCACGGGCGCCUCGCUACUGCAGCUGGAUCGUGCUCGCCUACAGAGUGCCUCACAACCCUUGGAGGAUGAGGAGGAGGCGCAGGCGGAGCACGGCUGCGUGGACUUGCGUCUGGUCUCGGCCACCGACAUGACCGAAGAUCCGUUCUCGAGCUUCCGCUUCGAUGGAGUCUUGGGCUUGGGGCUGCCGAGCCUGUCACAGACCUUGGAGUUCAACUUCCUAGAGGCCUCGUCUGGAGCUCGGUCCUGGACGAGCCUCGUGCCCGACGGGGAGCGCAUGUUCGGCGUCUUCCUGGCCAAGUCCCCCGAGGAGGAGAGCGAGAUCACCUUCGGUGGGUGGAAAAGCGAACACAUGACGAACGGCAGCGAGCUGGCCUUCUGCAAUGUCCAAGACAGCGAGGAGGGUUAUUGGCAGCUGGACGUCUUCGGCAUCAAGGCGAACGGUCAAGUCUUAGACUUCUGCGCCAAGGGCUGCCGAGCCGUGGUGGACACCGGGUCGUCCCUGCUGGGGGUGCCCAGCGACCUGGGAGAUCAGCUCGUCGACUUGCUCCGACAUCCAGCGCAUGAAGGCGCUUGUGGAACUCGCUCCUCGGGCCCUGUCCUUGAGAUCGACUUGGGCAACUUCACGGUCGUCCUGGAUCCCACUGACUAUGCCAGGCUCGAGUUCCUCGACGAAGAUGGUGACGACGAGGGCGAGACGAGCCGAAACUCUGCAGAAGACUCUGCGCAGGAUGCGGCAUCGGAGCCAGAGAGCUCUGGAGCCGGAGCUCAAGGCGCCGUGCAUCCUGCCGGAGAGCAGACCUGCGUGCCGAUGGUGAUGCAUAUCGAUCUGCCACCGCCCUUGCACGAGCGAACGCUGAUCUUGGGCGAGCCGGUCUUACAGAGGUACUACACCGUCUUCGACGCCGACGGCGAGCGACCACGCGUGGGCUUCGCGCCUGCGCGGCAUCAACUGGAGGCGGUGGCAGAAGCACCGGAGGUGCCCGCAGAUCUGGAGGCAGAGGCCAAGAGGCUGCUGCAGUGGGCCAACAGCGAUGCAGCCUGGCGAGGCCCUCCGCCCGCCUCGUCUGCUGCGCCCAACCCAUCGGUCGCAGUGAGGGGCGCGUCCGCGGCGGCGGGGUCCAGCUACCUGGGGGGCUGUGAGGAUCCCUUCGCAGAGCUCCUCGCGCAGAGCGACGGGGUCGCCUCCGGUUUCUGCGAGGUGCCGGUGAUGCUGCUGCGGCGCAUCCGCGCCGAGGGACAGGCUCAGUUGGCGGAGAUCGCAGAGUUGCGCGCCCAGCUCGCCAAGCUCCCUGAGGUGGAGGAGGAAGUCGCCGAGAUGGAAGCGGAACUUCAAGAGCUGCAGACCAAUUGCGUGGUCAAUGCCAACGAGAUCGAGCUGCGGAAGAUGGAGGCAGAGACUUUGGCCUCGGAGGCGGUACGCUUGAAGGACGAGAAGCAGCAGCGCAUGAAGCGGUUGGAGGCCUUGACGGCCCAGGCGACGAAGAUCGUUGUUUUUCUGAAAGCUGCCGUCGUGCAGGACGUUCACAUCAGCAUCAAGUACGCCGGUAUCUGCCAUUCUGACAUCCAUCAGGAGUGGGGCAAGGGCAUCUUCCCCAUGGUGCCCGGUCACGAGAUCGCGGGCGUGGUGGAGUCCGUGGGCGAAGGCGUAACCAAGUUCAAGGUCGGAGACAAGGUGGGUGUCGGCGUCUUCGUGGACUCCUGCCGCCAGUGCAGCGCCUGCAAGAGCGGCGAUGAGAACUACUGUGAACCCGGAAUGGUGGCCACCUACAAUGGGCGAUACAAUUACAAGCACUGUGAGGAGUACGAUGAGGAGGGUGGUGCUCCGACGUACGGCGGGUACUCGCAAAGUAUCACCGUGGACGAGGCCUAUGUCUUGAAGAUUCCUGAUGGCAUGGAUAUGGCGGGUGCCGCCCCACUGCUUUGCGCAGGCAUCACCGUCUAUGCUCCGAUGGUCUUCCACAACUUGAAGCCCGGCAUGAAGCUGGCCGUCGCAGGGCUGGGCGGCCUGGGUGCCAUGGCAGUGCUCAUCGGCAAGGCCAUGGGCGCCGAGGUCACCGUGCUCACGCGCUCCGCCGCCAAGAAGACGGGGACGCUGGGGAGACCCGGUGGCCGGAGCGGGCAUCGCCUCCGGGAAGAGGCGCUGAAGGGUCUCAAGGCAGACAAGGUCGUGGUGGUCACUGAUGAGGACGAGGCCAAGUCGGUGAAGGGUUAUUUCAACAUGAUGAUUAACACCAUUAGCGCCCAAUACGACCUCAGUGCCUACUUGGACAUGUUGGCCAAUGCUGGAAAGUUCAUCAUGGUGGGUUUGCCCUCCGAGCCGUUGAGCUUGAAGGGCUUCGGCAUCGUGGGAGAGCGCAAGAUGGUCGCGGGCUCCAAGAUCGGUAACAUCAAGGAGACCCAGGACAUGCUGGACUUCUGCGCGAAGCACGGCAUCACCUGCCCCCACGAGCUCAUCCCCGCCGACCCCGCCAAGGUCAACGAAGCCUACGAACGCGCCAUCAAGUCGGACGUGAGGUACCGCUUUGUGAUUGACACCUCCACGAAUAUCGGAAUAUCAGCUUCUCUAUUUCGCUUCGUGUUCAAUCUUUGCGGAACGGAGGUUUUGGCCUCUUUGUCAACUUCCGACUUUCUCUUGGCAACACGCCAAGCGGCUCUUGAGGAAGAGCCCUUUUUGCAGACACCAACUCAGACUGUGCACUGGCCAGCGGAUGAGAUCGAAUUCUGGUUGGACGCCGCGGGCCAUGCGCCCGCCGGCCCCGAGGGCCGCGCGCGGGUGGAGCGCUACAGGGCGGCGGCGCAGCAGGCCGCGCAACAGGCGAAGGCGGCGACGGCUUCGGCGGCUUCGGCUGCACCAGGUGGCGCCGGAUCGGCCGCUUCGGCGGCAGAGUCGGGUCCUGCGGAAGCUGCGGCUGCCGGUUCUGCGCUGCGUGGGAGUGCAGAUGUGCCGGUCCUGACCUUGGAGCAGUGGAAGGAGGCGUUUCAGAAGGAAGAGAUCUCCGAGUCCGAGCUGAAGGAGUUGGACGCCUUCUUCGCACGGAUCAACCCAACAGGCCGUGCGACGACGCCACCGGAGCUGCUGGCCGCCGCGGGGAAUCCCAAGUUGGGCCUCGCACGGCACCUCCGAGGCUUGGUGGCCAAGGUGGUUUCUCAGCAAGGGAAGCCGACGGCAGAGGGAGAGACAGCAGCCAAACCUGGCGAGGCGGAGAACGCCAGCGCCACCGCUGUUCCGGCGGAAGCGGCGGCUGCGAAGGCAGAGAAAGCAUCUCCUCCUGCACCCGAACCUCAUGGAUCAAAGGCUUGUAAGAUGGUUUUCUUGGACUUAACUCUGUGA